AUGAAGCGGUUCGCCGAUCAAAAGUUCUCAUUCAAUGAGUUCAUGCACGAGCGGACAAAGAUCGAGAUCGAGCGCCGAGUGAGUGCUGAACUAGAUAAGCGCCUGCUACCGCACAAAGCCCACGAGUCGGAACUUCGAGAGCAGAUCUAUACCCUCGUCGACGCGAAGUACGACGAUAUCGACUCCACGAUGGUUACCUUCAUCAACACUGCCUUCGCAGACGGCGAGCGAAUCGGCCGCGACAUCGGCUUCAAGGCCGGCUUCCGUAUGAAGAGGACCCUGGAGGAGCUUGAGCUCUCAGGCGGAAACGUCCCCAUCAGCGUCUGCGAGCCUUGGAUACAGGUUGCUGUCGACGAUGCCGCCGCUAUGAGCCUCGAGGCGACCCGCACGAAGCCAAAUCCUAUGCCGACAACAUACGACCAAGCAUGUGCCAUCCUCAAGAAAGAUAUCGUCAAGCAAUGA